AAUAACUGGGUCCCACGGCGCGGAGAUCAGGGGCCGAAGACCAUCGAGCAGAUCCACAAGGAGGCGGAGCUAGAGGAGCACCGAGAGCAGGUCAAAGUUCAGCAGCAGCUCCUCUCCAAGAAGGGCAGUGCAGGAGGAGGAGGGGGAGGAGGGGUGGGGCCCCGUGGAGGCCCCCACACACCCGGUUCCCGUGGCAACCAGGCCCCUGACGACGGCUGGAACAUGGUGCCCAUUUCCACCAAGAACAGACCCAUCGACCCGACGCGCCUCAGCAAGAUCACCAAGCCGGGCGCUUUGGACUUCAGUAAUCAGCUUCUUGCCCCCGGAGGCAAAGGCUCGUGGGGCACUUGGGGCAAAGGCAGCAGCGGGGGCUCCGGAGCCAAACCCAGCGACAGCACCCAGGAUUCUGGUCGUACCAGCACUUUGAACCGCUUUUCAGCACUUCAGCAGCCUUCCUCCUCUUCAUCUUCAUCAUCAUCCACCAACAUCGACUCUGACAGGAGGGUUCCUCACAGGAGCAGUUCCAGUCGGGAACGCAGCGAGCGGUUCGACUGGCGGGAUGAACGCAUCUAUGACCGCGGAUCAGACCGGAUGGACCGGAACCGUCCUGCGGCCGGCAAGCGCAGCUUCAGCCGUGAAAAGGAGGAGAGGAGUCGGGAUCGAGAGAUGGUGCGACGCGUCUCCAGCAUCACAGACGAGCGCGAGAGAGAGCGAGAACGCGCAGUGAAGAGAGAAACUGUUCCCACUCCUCCACCUGCUUCCUCCAAACCGGCGCUGACGGAGGAGGAGCUGGAGAAGAAAUCCACUGCCAUCAUCGAAGAGUAUCUGCACAUCAAUGACAUGAAGGAGGCGCUGCAGUGCGUCUGUGAGCUGAGCUGCUCGUCUCUGCUGUGUGUGUUCGUUCGGACGGGAAUCGAGUCGACGCUGGAGCGCAGCACCAUCGCUAGAGAACACAUGGGUUUACUGUUUCACCAGCUCGUCAAAACACAAACAAUGUCCACACAACAAUACUACAAAGGGCUGUUGGAGGUGCUGGAGGUUGCGGAGGACAUGGCAAUAGAUAUUCCUCACAUCUGGCUGUAUCUGGCUGAGCUCAUCAGUCCCAUGCUGCACGAGGGAGGGAUUCCCAUGGGGCCACUCUUCAGGGAGAUGUCUAAACCGCUGGUGCCUCUUGGGAAGGCUGGAGUUCUGCUGGUGGAAAUCCUCAAGCUGCUCUGUAAAGCAAUGAGUCAUAAGAAGGUGGGAGCGAUGUGGAGAGACGCGGCACUGAGCUGGAAAGACUUCCUGCCCGAAGACGAGGACGCCAAUAAGUUUGUCACUGAAGAGGGAGUGGAGUUCACUCUGGGUGAGGAGUGUGUGAGGAAGAGCAGUAAAGUGACUCUGAGUCCAGAAGACAUUUCUAGAGAGCUGGAGCGACUCCUGCAGGAGAAAGCAGACAACCAGAGGAUCUUUGACUGGGUGGAGGCCAAUCUGGACGAGCAGCAAACAUCAUCGAACACGUUUGUCCGGCCGCUGAUGACUGCUGUCUGUCAGUCUGCCAUCAUCUGUGAGAAUCCAUAUAAAGUAGACACUAAAGAAAUGACGCAGAGGGCCAAGCUGCUGCAGCACUACAUUAAAGAUGAGCAGAAGGAGCUGCAGGCGCUGUACGCCUUACAGAGUCUGAUGAUGCAGAUGGAGCAGCCGCCAAAUCUGCUGCGCAUGUUCUUCGACGUCUUGUAUGACGAGGACGUCAUCAAAGAGGAUGGCUUUCACCGGUGGGAGUCCAGCAAAGAUCCCGCCGAGCAGCAAGGCAAGGGCGUCGCCCUCAAAUCCGUCACCGCCUUCUUCACCUGGCUGCGCGAGGCCGAGGACGAAUCGGACAACAGCUAGAGCUUAGGCCACACCCACUGCAGAGAUGAUUGACAUGAUGAAGGGCAAGAAAAAAAUAUAUUUAGAAAAAAAAAGAAAGAAUGAAACAUUUGGUAGAUUUUCGACGCCUCUAUACUUUUUGUUUUGCCUUUCCGUUUGCGCAAAAAAAAAAAAAAAAAAAAAAAAAACCCUUUGAACUGAAACGAAA